CAAAGCGGACUGCAACGGCGCUGGCAUAUACCGUAUACUGUGCGCGUUGCCUGCUCGCUCGACCGGCGACGGAUAUUCGGACUACGGUUUUAGGCAAAACAAUGUCCAACUUAGUGUCUAUUGUAACUACAUAUUGCUGACUACUGCCCCUGGAAGUUAUAAAGAUAUCCUCUACUGAGGGCAGCAAACAUCAUUGGAUGGUGUCAGAUAAAGCAGUGAUGUCACCCAUGUGAUAAUAAUGAGUAUCGGUGUUGGCAGGCAAGCUUCGUAAGAGACAGGUUAGAAUCAUCUGAGCGGGCUCACCAUAACGACAGGCAAGGCAAGCCGGAGGGCAUGUAUGCAGCAAUAGAGAGAGCUUCACAGAGCUAAAAUGUCAACAUGACACCACAUCUCGUGCUGCCAUCCAGUUCCAGCCACCUCCAACUGAAUGCGCUUUGGCAAAACUUUGUGUGAAGCGGCAUUCAUUAAUUACAAACGGACAUAUACAGGGAUAUUCAGUUACCUGGACUUCGGUGAUAUCACAGUGAAGGAUCAUUUAAUUCAUAGGCAUUGACAAGAAAUCUACUGGUUGUUGACUGCUGUGUCGCGCAAUGCUAUGUGAAUGGUGUUGACAAGUGUGUGUUUUUUUAUACAGUUGAUUUGAGAAGCUUCCAAGACAGGAUAAUGUGUUCCUCUAUAUGAUCUAGAGUAGAUGUGAAAAUAAUCACAACAAUGAAGCACAUUGGUCACUAUAUGCGGUCCAGGACUCGAUGGGCAAGACUCUUAGUCCUCUGUUCAGCCUUUGUGAUAGGAGGGAUAUGCCAUUUCUAUUUCAACUUCGAUCAAGUGUUCUGGAACUCUUGCAGCAAGAUCCCGCGGCUAAAGAGCGGUGACAGUCAUAUUCACAUUGAUGAAACAUGGCAACAUUCGGGGCACUCAAGGCACUUAUUACAGACAAAUCUUACGGGGGAACCAUCUACAGACCAAGGAACGGAAUCAACGACGGCAAGGAUGAAUGUGACAACUACUGCUCAAACUAAUGGAAUCUAUCCUUUAGAUAUUUUUUCAGUAGAACAGAAGAAAAAUGGCGCAAUCGUACUUCACAUCAUUUUAAUGGUCUACAUGUUUGUCGCGCUCGCCAUUGUCUGUGAUGAGUUCUUUGUGCCUGCGCUAAGCGUCAUCACGGAUAAACUCAGCUUGUCGGACGAUGUUGCCGGUGCCACUUUCAUGGCCGCCGGAGGAAGCGCCCCGGAACUUUUCACCAGCCUCAUUGGGGUCUUCAUUGCACAGAGCGAUGUUGGUGUGGGGACAAUCGUUGGUUCCGCCGUCUUCAACAUUCUUUUCGUCAUUGGGAUGUGUGCAACUUUCAGUAAAGGAGUUCUUUCAUUAACAUGGUGGCCUCUUUUCAGAGAUUGUUUGUUUUAUUCUAUCAGUCUGUCCUUGUUACUAUACUCCUUUUCAGACACACGCAUAGAGUGGUAUGAGUCCUUGUGCCUACUUCUCAUAUACAUUUUAUAUGUCCUCUUCAUGAAGUUCAAUGUGCCCAUCGAGCGCUGGGUCAAGUCAAGACUUCUACGGAAAAAAAAUGACCGGAGAGUAAGUCUACCCCAUUUCCGCAACAAUGCGAGCAUGUUCCGCCAUGGUGCCCUACAGCUCAUGUUACACACACUGGACCCUUUAAGUGACUCGGACGUCGUUGAAGACAAGGCUAUGCAGCUCCAAGUGAUGGCAAAGACACAGCAGAAGACUGGCCUUCCCCAAGCCACAGGCAACGGCAAGUCUCAACAGCCUAACGAACAACCCGCAAGCAGACCAGAGAGUGCGAGGUCAAAUCAAAAACUAACAAUAUCGUAUCACAACGGAUACACCAACGGGGACAUAAUCAUGGACGAACCCACGCAGAUUACGACAGUGUCGCAAGCGUGCGAUAGCCCCCUUAGCGUCAAGACCGGGAACGGGAUAACGCUGACGCCCCUACCACCUCUCAACGGACAUCAUCAGAACAUUACGGAUGUUGACCAACUCGGUACCGAUGCAACGCAUCUCCAGAUGAACAAGCCAACGGACCAUAUGAAGGGCAAUGGAAACGGCUUGUGCGAAACGACAAUCAUAGUGAAUGGUGCCACCAAUGGUGGAACGAACACUGAUAGUAAUGUUGGACCUAUCGCUAAUGGAGUGGAUCAGCAGUUUGAGAAGAGCACGGAGCAGUUGACAGCAAAUGCUGAUGUCAAUAACGUGGAGUCUCAAGAAAGUACAGAUCAGGUAGGUCAAAGAACAUUAAUUUUUGUACAUAUAUUCAAGAAAAUAUUCUUGAACCUUAUGCUAGAAGAGGAAUAUCACUUAAAUGUCUGGAUGGCACUGGUCCUGUUUUGACAUUAGGCCAAAAAUAUGAAAAUCGAUAGUUUAAGUUGUUGACAAACUAGAUAGCGUUAGCAAGAAUAUUUGCAUUUUCCAGAUGAAAGAUAGUUUUGCAGUUGUCACUUGUAGGGAUGUGUUAAUAUUCUUUUCCAAAGAGCAAUAGCACACCGCCUUGGUUUUGAACAUGAGUCAUAUAGACGACCAUUACCCUACCAACUGAGCUAUUACACCAUCACAUCAAAAUAUGUCAGAAAGAAAUCCUAGAGAUGAAAAUAUCUUGAGGUUCAUAGUUUGUACCAAGGUUUGUUUGUUUAUUUAUUUUCUGAUUAUUAAAAACACAAUACAUAAAUAUAUAUAACAUAAAUAAAUAACAUAGGUGGCAUCAAUUGAAAAAACAAAAUGAAUUGCAAAUAUGUUGAAUAGAUAAAAUAAUCGAAAUGAUUGCCCAUUUCAGAGUCAUUAACACACAUACUCUGUUCUUCCAUGGGAUCCAUAAAAAACAUUAAAAUAGUUUACAUUGCAAUACAAAGGAAAUUUGAUAUUGAAAAAAGAAAGAAAAAAUAUUACAUAUAUGCAUAACUGAAUGCAUCAAUUAAAACCCCCCAUCCACAAUACAAUUUAUCUGACCCAAACCUACUUUAUCAUCUUCCCCCCUCCCUGUGUGCAGCAAGAGAGAAGCUAAUAGGCACGGACUAUACAUCAACCAAGUAUUCAUUUAUUUGUCUAAUGAAUUCUUUAAGUGUGCCAGAUUGGCGACAUCAGUAGUAUUUGUGAUACUCUUUUCUCCUCUGUCGUGAAUUCUUGGUGCUUGACCAUGUGAAACAAACGCUAGGGAUUACUAAAAAAUGUCAAAUGAAAUCAUGGACCAUUCACAUAUAUUGUGAAUAUUUAUAAAGCAAUUCUCAAUUAUUAUGAACAACUGUUAC